UUUAUAACAUGCAGAGCAGAACACAAUGUUUCUCAUCCACUGUCCAGAAGGAAGUAGAAGUUGCAGUCCCACAGGUUGUCUCUCCAAACAUCACUCUCUACCCUGUUUGGGACGGUGAAAUUGGCAGCUCCCGACUCAGACUCAUCUGCACCCUGAGCGGAUUCUAUCCAGACGAGCUGACUGUGGAGUGGCAGUGUGACGACAAGCCUCUGUCCACCAGACCGAACCAAAGGAAGCUGCAGAGAGGGGAGGGAACGGAGAAAACGUUCACCAUCAGCAGUGAGGUUGAGCCAGAUCCAACAGAGUGGGCAAAAGGCUCAAGUUUCACAUGCAAAUCUGUUCACAUGGGUCGUGAAUUCAACAAAACAAUAAGUAUAUGUCAAAUCCAUUCAAGCACCACUCCUUCUAUUCAUGUGGAGAUUCCCAGCACCAUGACAGAAAUGACGAAGUCUGAAGUGAAGGCAACAUGUUCGGUCCAUACUGUAUUUGCUGCCAAGCUGACCUGGCUGAUGGAUGCAAGAGCCAUAAGUAACGGAGUGAAGCAGCAUGUAAACACAACCCAUGUCGUUGGUACUGUGACAGUUCCCUCAAAUGAAUGGAGACAACUCAAAUUUAUAACAUGCAGAGCAGAACACAAAUGUUUCUCAUCCACUGUCCAGAAGGAAGUAGAAGUUGCAGUCCCACAGGUUGUCUCUCCAAACAUCACUCUCUACCCUGUUUGGGACGGUGAAAUUGGCAGCUCCCGACUCAGACUCAUCUGCACCCUGAGCGGAUUCUAUCCAGACGAGCUGACUGUGGAGUGGCAGUGUGACGACAAGCCUCUGUCCACCAGACGGAACCAAAGGAAGCUGCAGAGCGGGGAGGGAACGGAGAAAACGUUCACCAUCAGCAGUGAGGUUGAGCCAGAUCCAACAGAGUGGGCAAAAGGCUCAAGUUUCACGUGCAAAUCUGUUCACAUGGGUCGUGAAUUCAAAGAAUCAAUAAGUAUAUGUCAAAUCCAUUCAAGCACCACUCCUUCUAUUCAUGUGGAGAUUCCCAGCACCAUGACAGAAAUGACGAAGUCUGAAGUGAAGGCAACAUGUUCGGUCCAUACUGUAUUUGCUGCCAAGCUGACCUGGCUGAUGGAUGCAAGAGCCAUAAUGUACCAAGUGAAGCAGCAUGUAAACACAACCCAUGUCGUUGGUACUGUGACAGUUCCCUCAAAUGAAUGGAGACAACUCAAAUUUAUAACAUGCAGAGCAGAACACAAAUGUUUCUCAUCCACUGUCCAGAAGGAAGUAGAAGUUGCAGUCCCACAGGUUGUCUCUCCAAACAUCACUCUCUACCCUGUUUGGGACGGUGAAAUUGGCAGCUCCCGACUCAGACUCAUCUGCACCCUGAGCGGAUUCUAUCCAGACGAGCUGACUGUGGAGUGGCAGUGUGACGACAAGCCUCUGUCCACCAGACGGAACCAAAGGAAGCUGCAGAGAGGGGAGGGAACGGAGAAAACGUUCACCCUCAGCAGUGAGGUUGAGCCAGAUCCAACAGAGUGGGCAAAAGGCUCAAGUUUCACGUGCAAAUCUGUUCACAUGGGUCGUGAAUUCAACAAAACAAUAAGUAUAUGUCAAAUCCAUUCAAGCACCACUCCUUCUAUUCAUGUGGAGAUUCCCAGCACCAUGACAGAAAUGACGAAGUCUGAAGUGAAGGCAACAUGUUCGGUCCAUACUGUAUUUGCUGCCAAGCUGACCUGGCUGAUGGAUGCAAGAGCCAUAAGUGACCAAGUGAAGCAGGAUGUAAACACAACCCAUGUCGUUGGUACUGUGACAGUUCCCUCAAAUGAAUGGAGACAACUCAAAUUUAUAACAUGCAGAGCAGAACACAAAUGUUUCUCAUCCACUGUCCAGAAGGAAGUAGAAGUUGCAGUCCCACAGGUUGUCUCUCCAAACAUCACUCUCUACCCUGUUUGGGACGGUGAAAUUGGCAGCUCCCGACUCAGACUCAUCUGCACCCUGAGCGGAUUCUAUCCAGAAGAGCUGACUGUGGAGUGGCAGUGUGACGACAAGCCUCUGUCCACCAGAUGGAACCAAAGGAAGCUGCAAAGAGGGGAGGGAACGGAGAAAACGUUCACCCUCAGCAGUGAGGUUGAGCCAGAUCCAACAGAGUGGGCAAAAGGCUCAAGUUUCACGUGCAAAUCUGUUCACAUGGGUCGUGAAUUCAACAAAACAAUAAGUAUAUGUCAAAUCCAUUCAAGCACCACUCCUUCUAUUCAUGUGGAGAUUCCCAGCACCAUGACAGAAAUGACGAAGUCUGAAGUGAAUGCAACAUGUUCGGUCCAUACUGUAUUUGCUGCCAAGCUGACCUGGCUGAUGGAUGCAAGAGCCAUAAGUGACCAAGUGAAGCAGGAUGUAAACACAACCCAUGUCGUUGGUACUGUGACAGUUCCCUCAAAUGAAUGGAGACAACUCAAAUUUAUAACAUGCAGAGCAGAACACAAAUGUUUCUCAUCCACUGUCCAGAAGGAAGUAGAAGUUGCAGUCCCACAGGUUGUCUCUCCAAACAUCACUCUCUACCCUGUUUGGGACGGUGAAAUUGGCAGCUCCCGACUCAGACUCAUCUGCACCCUGAGCGGAUUCUAUCCAGACGAGCUGACUGUGGAGUGGCAGUGUGACGACAAGCCUCUGUCCACCAGACGGAACCAAAGGAAGCUGCAGAGGGAGGGAACGGAGAAAACGUUCACCAUCAGCAGUGAGGUUGAGCCAGAUCCAACAGAGUGGGCAAAAGGCUCAAGUUUCACGUGCAAAUCUGUUCACAUGGGUCGUGAAUUCAACAAAACAAUAAGUAUAUGUCAAAUCCAUUCAAGCGCCACUCCUUCUAUUCAUGUGGAGAUUCCCAGCACCAUGACAGAAAUGACGAAGUCUGAAGUGAAGGCAACAUGUUCGGUCCAUACUGUAUUUGCUGCCAAGCUGACCUGGCUGAUGGAUGCAAGAGCCAUAAGUAAAGGAGUGAAGCAGGAUGUAAACACAACCCAUGUCGUUGGUACUGUGACAGUUCCCUCAAAUGAAUGGAGACAACUCAAAUUUAUAACAUGCAGAGCAGAACACAAAUGUUUCUCAUCCACUGUCCAGAAGAAAGUAGCUGUUGCAGUUAAGUCUCCAACAGUAGAGAUCAGGAGAUCUCUCCCAGAUUUGCUGAGGGGAAAAAGUGCUGUGCUCAUGUGUGACGUCAAACAACUCUCAUCACGUGACCUCUACAUCACCCUUAAAGCUGACAAUGAUGACAACAUUCAUAAAGUGGACGUUCAUCUCCCUGAAGGCUUGAAAGUUGAUUCAAUCAGUCAACAGUUCAGUGUUCCUGAAGAAUACUGGAAUAAUGACACGAGUUUCACCUGUGAAGUCGAUCAAGGCUUCUCCUUCAGAACGGAGUCAAACUCCACUGGCAAUAUUUUUGUGGAUCCAUCAGUGGAGCUUCUUCUGGCCCCGAGUGAAGAGUCAGGAUCACAGAAACUCCUCUGUACUGGAUGGGGCUUCAACCCUCAAAUUGAAUGGUUCUCUGAGUCCCAGCAAAUAUCUCCAUCAACCAAUGAAAUCAGCAUGGGUGCAGACGGACGUGUGUCUGUAACCAGUGAACUUUCAGUUGAUCAGAAAGAGUGGAAAACAGGGAAGUUCUUCAAUUGUACUGUUUCAGAUAAGACUCUGGGCAAAACUGCUGAAAAGACAAUCAGCCUCUGUUCAGUAACUCCAGCAUCCUCACGGAUAGCUGGGGUCUAUGUCCAGGGACCACCACUACAGCAGCUUCAGAACAAGGGAAACGUGACUGUUACCUGUCUGCUGGUCGCCCCUCGUCUCAGUGAUUUCACCAUCAUCUGGAAGGUGAAUGACAGCCAACAGUCUGGCCUCAGUGACCCACUGGUAAGCCACAGCAAUGGGACAGAGACUCUGCAGAGCUUCCUCAACAUGUCAGCUGACGAAUGGCGUACAUCUAAACGAGUGUCCUGUGAAGGAAGGCACCGAUGCUCCGACAGAGGCUACGAAGACCAUAUAAGCAAAAGCAUGGAUAUGCGUCCACCUACAGUGAAGAUAAUUCAGCCAACCCUCUCCGAGCUGUCUGACCAGCUCACGCUUUCUUGCUUAGUAUCUGGAUUUUUCCCGUCUAACAUCAUAGUGUUGUGGAAGGAGAAUGGCGAGGACCUCCCGUCGUCUCGUUACAUCAACAGUCCUGCAUGGAAAUAUGGAGACAGCGGCACUUACUCAAUGAGCAGCAGACUAAACCUAUCCAAAGCCGAGGACAAAACAUUGUCAUAUACUUGUGUUGUGAUGCACGAGUCGUCUGAAAUUCCUCUGGAAAGAACAAUAACUGAUGUGUUUGCCUCAGUGACGUACAGCAAACCAGCGGCCCUCUUGGUCCAGGGCACUAAUGAGCUUGUAUGCCUGGUCUCUGGCUUCAGCCCCGCAUCCAUUGACAUCACUUGGUUCCACAGUGGAAACACGGAACUCUUGAACUACAACACUAGUGACCCCCACAGAGGCCCAGACGGAAAGUUUGCAGUUCAGAGCCACCUCCUUCUCUCCCAAACUGACACUUUGCCUGGGAUGGGCUUCACAUGCAGGGUGACGCAUGUAAACACCACCCUGUCCCUGAAUCUAUCCAUACCAGAUCAGUUGGACAGUUGUUAUUUCUUAGAUAAAAUUGUGGAUGCUGAUGUGAGCCAAGGCACAGGCGUAGACUCCUGGUAUAUGGCUCUCAUUUUCCUCAUUUGUUUCCUCGUCUCCAUCCUCUUCUGUGUCGUAGCAACCACAAUUAAGACUAAAUGAUGAGGAUCACAGGGGCGAAUCCAUUUUAUCUGAAAAUGUGAUGCGUUUUGAUGACAUGUAAUGAUUCAUUGUUCAUUCAUUCUAUUCUCCAUUAUUAUCAGUUACCUUCCAUUUCUUUCUGUGCUUUUGUUUUUGAUGUGAUGUAUGUAAAAAGUGCAAAAAAUAAAAUAAAAUAAAUAAAUAAAUAAA